GUCUGAACAAGGCUGGCCGUCAGUGACCUGCUGGGUGAAAGGAUCUUCGCCAUCAGACGUACAUGAUCGGAGGCUCGAACACCAACAAACCCGAGAAGCCAUGCGAACAUCAAACAGCUGAGCUUCAGGGUAGUCAAUUGGCCGCUAUUGAGGCGAGAACAGCCUCGCCUCGAGUCGUAGCGCUGCAUUGGGAAUCAGUGAUGCCGAGUUUGGUAGCAGCGGUAUAGGUGAUAGUUAUAAUGGGGGGAGUGGUUCACGCGAAAGCGACGUAGAGUAGCGGUCCACUGAGUAGUCAUAGGUGGCCACUGGCCAAGUCUCGUGUCCAACAUGUACACACGCACCUCCAUCCGGCCGUCGGCGGCCGGAUCUGUCGGAAUACACACACCGUCAAAGAAGUCUGAACCGUAUCGUCACGAAGAAUGAAUGAGUGACGCCUUCUUCAUGUCGAUACCUUCAACGCAGGGAGUCUGAACAAGGCUGGCCGUCAGUGACCUGCUGGGUGAAAGGAUCUUCGCCAUCAGACGUACAUGAUCGGAGGCUCGAACACCAACAAACCCGAGAAGCCAUGCGAACAUCAAAGAGCUGAGCUUCAGGGUAGUCAAUUGGCCGCUAUUCAAUUGGCCGCUAUUGAGGCGAGAACAGCCUCGCCUCGAGUCGUAGCGCUGCAUUGGGAAUCAGUGAUGCCGAGUUUGGUAGCAGCGGUAUAGGUGAUAGGUAUAAUGGGGGGAGUGGUUCACGCGAAAGCGACGUGGAGUAGCGGUCCACUGAGUAGUCAUAGGUGGCCACUGGCCAAGUCUCGUGUCCAACAUGUACACACGCACAUGCAGGCAGGUAGGGAGGCACUGCAGGGGCAGGCAGACAGACCUGCAAUGUCGGGACGGCAGACCGGAACGUGUAGUGUGUGUGUACAUGAUGAAUAUCUCUGUACGCACACCUGCGCAUGGAGUGUGUGAACAUGGUGAAUGUCUCUGUGCGCACACCUGCGUCGACUUGGAGUGCGUGUAUAUGAUGAAUGUCUGUGUGCGCACACCUGCGCAUGCACGUUUGGACUUGGAGUGUGUGAGCUCCAUAGAUUAGACAGGCAGCUUGUUUCAGCUUGUUUCAAAGAUAUGAGUCUCAUUGUCCUGCGUGCCAUCCUCAUCAGACUUGGCACACUUUUAAGUUGUUCAGGUGUUUUCUAGGGCGUAUUCGUCGUAAACCCACUCCAAGUCCAAACGUGUAUGCGCAGGUGUGCCCAGAGAGACAUUCAGCAUAUGCGCACACUCCAAGUCGAAUCGUGAAUGCACAGGUGUGCGCACAGGGCCAUGCGAAGCUGCAAGGGUGAUUGCAGGCGAAGAAGAGUCAACAAAGGCUGUUGAGCGGCUUCAAUAGUCACAGCCAGUGACAGUCAGCCAUAGGCGAGGGCUUCUAGUCCUCCGAUGAGCCUUCAAAACUUUAGAGCGAGAAGGAAUCGACGAUGAUUGGCUCAAUAUGGCUUGCACUGAAAGCGACCUCAGUCUCUGAGAUGGCCCGGUGUGUUGAAUGAUGUCUCACUUUGCGUCAUCAUCUGCAGCUGCUGACCUCUGGAGCCAUACUCGUGAGAGGCGCAAUCGACAACUUGAGACCAUCAGAAUACUGAGAGAACUCACUAUUACAUAUGCUCGGUCACACGAUGUCGAGAGCUAAAAAAGAAAGUACAUCCGGAUGCUAAAGGAAGGCCUCCGAAAGGGGACACUUCUCUUCAGAAGUGUCUUUCAUACAGUUCCUUUACUCCUUAUUGCGCAGAGGACCGUACAUAUCAACCAUCUACAUACCAGCUGGACCGCUGAAGGCACAUGCAGUGAGGUCAAAAAGGGAUAUGCUAUGAGGACCAAGAAAGCACAAAUACAAAUAUGAGCAAAGCAAUCUUCUCACUGCAAGAAAGAGCCCACUACGGGCGGCUACUCUCCAGUAUCGCAUACGAACCGACCGAUGCAGAAGGCAGACACCAUCGCACGCUCAGCCAUGCAAACAGAAACGUGCACGUGCUCGAAAAAGACAGAUGCGACCCACCAGAGGGGCCGCGACAUAUACAUACACACCAUACAUACAUGCAUGUCUAUCCCUCCCUCCCACCACAGCACACAUGGAACACACAUGCUCGAAAAAGACAGGUGCGGCCCGCUAGACAUAGACUGCAACGCCGACACACAUACAUAUUGUUACGAAAGUGUCAUGGUGUGGAUGUCCUCUCUCUGGCGACGGUCAAACUCACACGCGAAGCAUACCAGCCAUCCACACGUGCAGCCAAACACACCAAACAACCAACUGAUCUCAGCCAACCGAGAGAGAGAGAGAGAGAGAGAGAGAGAGAGUCAGCCACACACAUGCUUUCGUGCCGUCCGCUCUGAGUGAGUGUCCCGUGUUCCUCUGACUGAUGUGCGGGUGUGGAUGUAUUGUCUGCCUCAGUAUGUGAUCGGCGAGGGGACGGACCUUAUGGCGGAUACGUAGGCACACACUGGGAGGCUAGAGAGACAACACAGACGGACAGACAGGCAGAUCUCAGACAGAUAUGCGUGCAUGUAUUCCCCAUAAGACAUGACCCCAAAAGCAUCCCAAGACAUGCAUCCGGCCAGUCGGAAGGAGAGGAGUGGAGUAGGUCAGCACCAGGGUGAGUCCUGGAAGGACGAGAAGACACGCGGACUCAGAGAGAGAGCGAGAUCUGGCUGAGCGAAGAGGACGCUAGAAGGGCAGCUAGCUGUCGUACGAGUACUCGUGUCGCCUCGCUGCGGACUCACCGGGAGGGUGAUCAGCUCCGAGAGGGAGAUCAGCAGGACGACGCACUCGUUCUCCACCAUCACUCACAUGCGCACUCCACCAUCACUCUGCGGCUCCAAGGGCGGCUUGGGAAGACGCCCUGCCGAAAGGAAGCGGUCGGAACGACCGAAGACCGUGCCGAAGCAACAGAUCUCAAGAGAAUGACUCAAGUCAUAUCGGAAGCGAACAAUAACGAAUCAUAUAUGAAACGCAACGGGCACUAACUCGCUCGGCCAACUUCUCCCGUCUUACGCCCCCAAGCCCACGCAUGCAUUUAGAAAACCAACUACAGCCUCAUCAGAAGCCCACGCAUGCAUGCACUGCAGGCUUUCUAGCGCUCUUAUUCGCUGCCUCCCCUGUGCCCAUCUACGGCUUGUCGUCCUGCUUACACACGACUACUAUCCUUCAGCCUGUCAUCCAUCCAUCAGCAUCAGCAUCAGAUCCAUCCGUCUAUCCGUUCAUCCACGGGCUGCAUCCUCUCCAUCAGCACACGGUCCACGGCAUCCAAUCCAUCCGUCCAUCACAUCCAGACACACACGUCCACACUUCCAGUUAUCUGAGCCGAGCGCCUUCAUCAGGGUCACAGGCAGGGGCGAAGGGCAUCGUGAGCACUUCGCAACAAGUGGGGUGGUGCACCUCUUUUGGACAUCAAAAACAAUGAGAUAAGUGAACACACAUUCUAACACCAUCGGUCAUUGCAUGAUGUGCUCAUUACAUCUCAACAGGGUGAGACGCCGUAGGAUGAAGCACAAGAGUCCAGGAAGACUGAGCGGCAGCUAAUGGAGAAAGGCCGGCAAUAGGAUAGGCGCUUUCUGUGUGGUGUUCCAGUCAGUUUGUGUGUCUAUAGCUACAUGACUUCAGUCGUUUUGCCACUGCACCAUCACACAUUCACCGCAUCACCUUAGUGACCACGAUGUGGUUUCGUGUAGCAAUAUAUUGAUGUUGAGCGCUUGAGAUCUCAAGCGCGUGCGACACCUACAAAGAUACGCCUGUGUCUGCGCAUACAGUCGCAUCGCACUAUGUACAUCAAAUGUAUACACGAGGCCCCCCAACACACCGCCAUAUACCUGCGCGAACACGGAAACAGAAAUGGCCAUGAUAAUCAUGACAAUGUCGGCGAUAAGGAUGAUAUGUUUUUGAACAUCAGCGUCUCAUUUAUUGUCUUUUUCCGGCUGCCUCGUUGGCCGAUCCCUUAGAUGUGGGCGGGCGGUGUGUGCGACGAUGGCCCCCUGACUGCCACUCGACUUGUAGUCCUCAUUGCGGAAGAUGAUGUCUGCUGAGCGCACAGAGACAUGCAUGACUGGAUAACGUGUGAAGAGAGCGUACCAGUAGGAUGGGCGUCCGUAUAAUGUGUACGUAUUGACUGUUCCAUACUCAUGCGUCCACUUGCAUGUGUCUCUCGUAAGUGUGGUCGACUUGCCUGGCUGCCUGUGCGGCUGGCUGUGAGAUACAUACAUGCACACAGGUUGACACACAGCCAGACAGACAGCCAACUAAGGGCCCAUAUGGAUGUACCUGUAUACAUGCGCUCAGCCACAUAUACGCACCACCAACCCAGCAAGCCAACCAUACAGGCACAUAUGCACGUCAGACGUGUGAUAGCUGUGAUCUAUCUGGUGUCCAUAUGUUCUACACUACACCACAAACCCACAUGGGACCACAUUCCCAGGCCUAUGUGCUUGGCUCCCAACCGAGAAACCCAUGUCGUGACACGCACCAGACAUGCUUCACUCACACGGAAAACCCGCCCCGACUGAAGAAGCUAAGCCACUGUCCCUUCCCCACCCGCCUCGUCCUUCCCCUCCGCCAGCCAUUCGAAGGGACAGGUCUGCGCAAGGGACAGACCGAUAACCUCUUGAAUGGAGGCACGUGAUGGCACCACGCCGAUAUCUUCGUCUCCAGCACGCAGCGGUUGGUCCAAUCGUUCGAUUUUCACCUCCUGACCCUGAUCACCGCGCAGCCAGAUGGCACGGACGUAGACCUUCACAGGCUUGCCCGCACCGCUGUCGAGAAAGGAGGCCAGGACACCCCCAGGCCCACCCCCCUUUGGCGCCACCGAUGCGAGCGCUUCAGACACACUGCGCUUGAUGAUGGCGACGGAGUCUUUGUCAGGGCCCGUCGGUCCCUCCUUGCAUUGGCCGCCGUAUAUCGUCGUCAAGCGCCCUCUCUCGGUCACAAAGACGAAGAAGUCGAAGCCAAGGAAGCUUGAGUACUUCGGCUUGACGAAAUAAGACACGCGGGGCUCUCCUGCAAGUCUCGGGUCCAUCUUGUCGUAGAAGAUGGUGAUGAGAUCCUUCAGCGUUUUUGGCUCGCUUGAUUGAAUGACGCCCCCAAACUUGCAUCCAUCAUUGACUGCAGCAGGGACCAACUGGGCUGCCGCGCUGCUCAGGGCUGCUUCUGCCUCUCCGAUGGCCACCAAGUGACUGUGGAGGAGUCGGAGCAGCACCCCUGCGCCGGCAACGCCCUCCCAUCUUCUGCCGGACCCCCUCUCAUCGAGUAGCUGGUUCAGGAGCGUGGGAAUCACCCUCAAACCAGCGGCAAAUCCUUCGCCGAGCGCCGACUUGACCUCAUGGGACUCCCCCAACUCCUUACACGCCAGGCCCAGAUAGCACGGCGGCCACGUACACGAAUCGCCGAAGACGUCCAGGAAGCGCGACCAGGUCCCGAGUUUGUCCAGAAGCUGGCCGUCGCCCUCAAUGGCUGUUCGAAUGACGUUUUGGGCAAGCGCCGCAUCAAGACGAGGGACUUUCAUUUUUCUGAAGGGCCGUCGCACGUUGUCUGGCUUGGGCGGCUCUUCCGAGUACAUGAGCGUCAGCAACCCAGGCGCCCGCCCAGUCCAAGAGACGAUACCAGCGUGUGUGUCUGGGCAGAGGCCGCUCUCGGUCACAUCGGAGAUUCUCUCCACCCUCGGAAUUUGCGGUUUGUAGACGUCGCGGCCGCUGAGGUUCCAGUAGUAGCUCUCGAGACGGUUCCCUAGUGUGGCGAUGUGGCUCGAAAACACGAAGUAACGCUGCCGCUUGUCGACAAAGUGCUCGGUCAGAAAGUCAGCCACCUCCUUUGCCAAUGGCUCUUCCUUGAACUCAGUGUCUGCGGGGAUGCGCUGGUUAAGUUCGUCAGCGAAGAGGACCAGAGAGUGGCUGCCGAGCCACUCCUGGAUUGUCCUGCGGCUGACCGAGACGUUCUCCACCCAGUCGCUGAAGGUGACUUGGGCUGCAGGCUUUCCCAGAGCCUGUGCCACCUUGUCGAGAGCCUCCGGUGUUGCAGUGGCCCAGGCUAUUCGCAACGCGAUGGACUGCAGCGGGCUGCGGGCGGAUAGCUCGAAGUCGGUGGGCUUCGUCCCCUCGUUGAACCUGCAGAACGAUAGAUCGCCACAGACAACAAGAAACAUCUCACCAUUGCUGGCUGUACACCAGCCUCUGUCUGUCUCUCUGUCUCUCUGUCUGUCUGCUUCUACAUACGUGACAAAUAGGGCAGGGAUGUCCUUUUUCUGGAGCCCCAGGGCGAUCUGCUUCAUCAGUCGGGUCUUGCCACCACGCGAAAAACGAGUGACAACCAUCGGCGGCACACGGAUGGCACGGUCCUCGUCGCGCGCUUCAUAGUGCCCGACAAGCUCUUGCGAGAUCUUGUCGAGUCGCCCUUGGCCGAUGUACGGCUGUUGCUGGCCGAGGUCGAGAGCGACGCUUGGCGCGAGUCGGAGGCCACGAUCGAUGGGCUCGGUGAGCCUGUCGACACUGAUCAAGUCGCCAGCCUCGAUCUCCACAUCAUUCUUGCCGCGGACGCCCAGCGGUGCAACGACGGCAUCUGUACACAGACCCACACACAGACAAACAGACAGACAGACACUACUUGAAUGAGUGCUUGCCCGCCUCGUCCUCUCUCGCUGGCUGGCUCGCUCCAUCCCAUCCAGCUAGCUAAGGAGGUGUACCUACGGGCAACUGGCCGCUCGUGGCAGUUCCUUCACUCAUCAGCACCAGCCUCGUGGCUGUCUUGAGCCGCCUCACUCGUCGCCAGGCAACAGCGCUGCGGUCGCGCUGGUUCGCGUUGAUGUGGGUCGGGAUGGUGCGGUGUAGGAAUGCCAUAGAUGCCGGCACCGUCCUCUCAGCCACGCAGCACAACAGCCAUCCUCCCAGCACAAUGAGGAAGUACAAGACAGCCAUCAUCCAGCGGGGAAGCGACACUGAGGAUGGGUCAUGCAUGAGCUGGGCGUGCCCAUACUGCAGUCAAACAGGAACACAAACAGGCACAUACAAGAUAUCAACUACAUGACUGAGAAUCACAAACAGGCACAUUCACCGUGAUGCAAUCAACCAACGUCAUACUGGAUGGCCUCACUCACCACGGAUCUGCCACAGAUUCACCUACGAUGACACUCAACCCCACAGAGGGCAGGAACACAAGCUUCAGUCGGCCCGUGCGUGCACGAGGAGAUAGAUGGCCGGCUGGCCAGAGCAGCUUCACCAGCUGGCCGACUCAAUCACCGGAACCAAGCUUUUCGCUGCUUCACGCGCACGUUCGUGGUUGACACGUCUGAAACACGCACAGACACACAAUGCAUACACUUUCAGUCAGAGAUGCCGAAUCUCUGUUUUCACACCUGUUCUCGCGCUGAAGCACUCAAGCCACAGGUCCACACCUGCGCACUCGCUUUCUCGACUUCUUGCACCUUUCUCACUCGCUCGCGCUCGCUUAGGGGUUUAACGAGACUCCUGUCCCUAACGCGUGAAUGCAACAGGGCCUGACGUUCUUGCUGUGGCUCGCCCAGUGGGCAAGGAGCGUGCGAUCAGGGUGGUUCGUUACUAUCCGUUUUUUUCUCUGUUCGCUUCCAAGCUAUAUAGCU